AUGGCAGAACCGAAGAAGUACAUUACCCCAGAUGAGCUCAAGAACCACAACAAACCAGGGGAUCUGUGGAUCUCCGUGCAGGGCAAGGUGUAUGAUGUCUCCGAUUGGGUCAAGAACCACCCCGGUGGUGACCUUCCACUAUUGAGUCUUUCUGGUCAAGAUGCUACUGACGCCUUUGUUGCUUUCCAUCCAGGCACUGCCUGGCAGUUUCUUGGCAAAUUCUUCAAUGGGUAUCACCUCAAAGACUUCGCCGUCUCUGAGGUAUCCAAAGAUUACAGAAAGCUUGUUUAUGAGUUUUCCAACAUGGGUUUGUUUGAAAAGAAAGGGCAUGGAGUAUUCAUGGCCAUGUGUCUGAUGGCAAUGCUGUUUGCUGUGAGCGUAUAUGGUGUCCUGUGUUAUAAUAGCAUUUGGGUGCAUUUGGUUUGUGGUGGAUUGAUGGGUUUUCUUUGGAUUCAAAGUGGGUGGAUUGGGCAUGAUUCUGGGCAUUACGAGGUCAUGAUGACACCUGGGUUCAACCGAUUUGCGCAGAUUCUUACGGGGAAUUGCCUUACAGGAAUCAGCAUUGCAUGGUGGAAGUGGAACCACAACGCUCACCACAUUGCUUGCAAUAGCCUUGAUUUUGACCCGGAUCUUCAACACAUGCCUUUUUUUGUGGUAUCUUCUAAAUUCUUCAGUUCCCUCACAUCACGUUUUUAUGACAGGAAGAUGAAUUUUGAUUCGGCUGCUAGGUUCUUGGUUAGCUACCAGCAUUGGACAUUUUAUCCUGUGAUGUGUUUUGCUCGAAUUAAUUUGUUUGCGCAAUCAGUCACUUUGUUAUUGUCUAGGAGAAGAGUACCCAAUCGGGUUCAGGAGAUUUUUGGGGUGCUUGUGUUUUGGACUUGGUAUCCGCUUCUUGUUUCCUGUCUUCCUAAUUGGGGUGAAAGAAUAAUGUUUGUCAUUGCAAGUUUUGUGGUUACUGGAAUUCAGCAUGUUCAAUUUUGUUUGAACCAUUUCUCUUCGAGUGUUUAUGUUGGACCGCCUAGUGGGAAUGAUUGGUUUGAGAAGCAAACUGGUGGGAGUCUUGAUAUAUCGUGCCCGCCUUGGAUGGAUUGGUUUCAUGGUGGGUUGCAAUUCCAGAUUGAGCACCAUCUGUUUCCUAGAUUACCUCGAUGCCACCUCAGGAAAAUCUCUCCCUUUGUGAAGGAGCUUUGCAAGAAGCAUGGGUUGUCCUACAAUAGCGUGUCAUUUUGGAAGGCGAAUGCCUUGACAAUUAGCACACUUCAGAAUGCAGCAUUGCUGGCUCAGGAUCUCAAAAACCCUGUUCCAAAAAAUUUAGUCUGGCAGGCCGUUAACACUCACGGUUGA